CGGGGUAGGUUGUUCCUGAGGUGGGAGGCGGCACCCGCGGCUGGAGGAGGAGGCCGGAGCGCGACAUGUCCCCGGCGGCUCAGGCGGAGCGGCUCGUGGCGCUGUUUUUCUGAGUCCCGGGGACGGCCCGGCGGUCGGCCGGCCGAGAACAAAAACAACAACCAAAAAAACCAUCGGCCGGGGGCCUGUCCCCUCCUCGCAGGGGUGGCCGCCAUGCCGGGGGCCCGAGCGGUGGAGGGAGCCGUGGUGGCGCUGCUACGACUGCUGCCGCUGCUGGCGCUCCGCGGGCCGGGGCUCGGCGUGGGUCGCGCGGCGGGGGCCGGGCUGCCCGAGAGCGUCAUCUGGGCCGUCAACGCGGGCGGCGAGGCGCAUGUGGACGUGCACGGGAUCCACUUCCGCAAGGACCCUCUGGAAGGCCGGGUGGGCCGAGCCUCAGACUAUGGCAUGAAACUGCCAAUCCUGCGUUCCAACCCCGAGGACCAGAUCCUCUAUCAAACAGAACGGUACAAUGAGGAGACGUUUGGCUACGAAGUGCCCAUCAAGGAGGAGGGGGACUACGUGCUGGUGUUGAAGUUUGCCGAGGUCUACUUUGCACAGUCCCAGCAGAAGGUGUUUGAUGUACGGUUGAAUGGCCAUGUCGUGGUGAAGGACCUGGAUAUCUUUGACCGUGUGGGACACAGCACAGCUCACGAUGAAAUCAUCCCCAUGAGCAUCCGCAAGGGCAAGCUGAGUGUCCAGGGGGAGGUAUCCACCUUCACCGGGAAACUCCACAUUGAGUUCGUCAAGGGUUACUACGACAAUCCGAAAGUCUGUGCACUCUAUAUCCUGGCUGGGACAGUGGAUGAUGUACCAAAGCUGCAGCCUCAUCCAGGACUAGAGAAGAAAGAAGAGGAAGAGGAGGAAGAAGAAUAUGAUGAAGGGUCUAAUCUCAGAAGACAGACCAAUAAGAACCGAGUGCAGUCGGGCCCCCGCACACCCAACCCCUAUGCCUCGGACAACAGCAGCCUCAUGUUUCCCAUCCUGGUGGCCUUCGGAGUCUUCAUUCCAACCCUCUUCUGCCUCUGCCGAUUGUGAGAAUAAAUUACCAUCCUGAGCAGGAUGGAGGGGUGUGGGAAAGAAACCAAACA